AGCCACCCAAGGUGUGCAGGAGCACAGUCAUUCUGCACCAGAGAGACUGGAGACAGGUCCAGGGCCCUGUGUGCCUAGGAUCGUGCAGGGCAAGUGGAGUACGGUGAGGUGCUUGCCGAAGACAGCCAGACAACACCACUUCCAUGGAGAUGUGCUCUACCUAUCUGUGCAUGCCAGCUCCUUUUGCUGAAAACAGCAAGGCCUGCCCUUUGGAUUUCUUAGAAUCUUAACCUAAGAGGAACCUUACAAGAGACAAACUUACCUCACACUGGGAACUUUAUUACUCAAAACCUGGCAGGCUCUGCAAACUUUGGACUUCUAUCUGCAACAGUCCUUGGGAAACACGAUUCUCUCCUACAUCAGCAUCUGUGCCUGCUUUUACCUGCUCUGAAGAAGAGCCGGGGAGGUCGCAGGCCUGAGAGUCCUGAACAACCUAAACCCUGUGGCUAUUCCUCUUGCUUUCAAACAUUUUAUAGCUAAUAAGGAACAUAGAGACAGUGGGAGUAACCAGGAGGAGGGUCCAGAAAAAAAAUCUGAACUUUUCAGUAUUCUAAAGUACUCAUGGUGGUGGUCGAUGCACAGAACAUUGACUUCACUGAAGAGCUUUGCAAUUGUUAGACAGAAAGUCUUUGCUAUAGAACCAAAAUGUUUUGUCUUUCUGGCCCAGGCAAGGAGGGAUUAGUAAGUAUCUGGGGCAUGGAGAGAAUGCAUUCAUAGGCUGUCUUGCUAAUAAAUGACUCAUUACUGACCCUCCAGUGAAGCAGAAAAGAGGAAACAUCAUACCACCCAGGUGUGGCCAGACUUUGGUCAUUAUUGUGAAUCCCCAAGAGCUACCACAGUUCCUUCCCAAAUCCAUAUUUAAUCUUGUGGGUGGCUCAACAGAAACUUUUGGCUCACAUCUAGGCACAAAAUAAAGAAAGCCAUAGAAGAGGAGACAGGAUGAGGCGGGGAGAGGAGGAAGAGGGGGGAACCAGGAUGAAGACAAAAGGGGACUCAGAGAUGAAGGAGGAGGAGGAGAUCAGUGAGACGGGAGAACUGGUUGGUCCUUUUGUGAGUGCUGUGCCCAUCCCAAUGCCCCACAACAAGGGGACCCGGUUUUCAGAGGCCUGGGAGUUUUUCCAUCUGGCUCCUGCUCGUGCUGGGCAUCACCCCAACCAAUAUGCCACCUGCCGCCUGUGUGGCAAGCAGGUGAGCCGUGGUCCUGGGGUCAACGUGGGCACUACAGCCCUGUGGAAGCAUCUGAAAAGCAUGCACAGAGAGGAGCUGGAGAAGAGUGGCCAUAGCCAGGCAGGGCAGCGCCAGGACCCAAGACCCCAAAUGCCCCAGCUCUCCAUGGGCAUUGAGGGUGACUGGGGCAGGCUCCUGGAGCAGGUGGGCACCUUGGCUUUAUGGGCCAGCCAGAGAGAAAAGGAAGUGCUCAGGAGGGAGAGGGCAGUGGAAUGGAGGGAGAGGGCUGUGGAAAGGAAGGAGCGAGCCUUAGAGGAGGUGGAAAGGGCCAUCCUGGAGAUGAAAUGGAAGGUGAGGGCCGAGAAGGAAGCAUGGCCUCAGGAGAAAGACCUGCCUGCAGCAGCCCAUCCCUUUCAUUUUGUUUAAAUUUGUUUUCAGACUAGGAAUCUACUUUAGACUCACAACUAAGAGCCAUUUUAGUUCUAGCACAAAUACAAAGCCAAGUAGUUUAGUGGGAUUUUGAUUUUAGAGAAAAACUGCAGAGUAGGAGUUGAUCUCAGCAGGUGGGAGUUGAGCACCAAAUGCUGAUCUGGGGUGUUCCAGCGCUGUGCUGACCCAUGACCAAGCUUCAAAUCUUAUUAACUAGAGAUAAAUGCUGCUUAACAUCCUAGCUCUGUGAGCUGUUUCAGGGCGGAAUGUACCAGCCCAUGAGUACCAUUUAAUAAAAACAAUUGGGUUUAUGCCUAGCUGGUGAAGGUAAAGGUUUUAAUGAGUGAGGCAUUUCUGGUGGCCAGUAUGUGCCUGUGUGACCGGCUCACCCUCAGAGACUCCCCCACAAGCAGAGCUUCAGUUUCCUGGAUUUUCUUUCUUUUCCUUUUUCUUUUUUUCUUUUUCUUUUUUUAGAAGUUUUUGC